CAACGUGUAACAAAGGCAACCAAACAGCGCUCUCCGUCCCACUUUCUUUUCAAAAUUUUUCUUUUAUUUUGCCUUUUGUUGUUGUAUUUGUGGUUUUUAGGUAAACUUUGCACAUAAUGGCGACGGAAGAUGAAGAGGACUUUGGUGCGGCCAUUGCCAUCGGUUCGGAAACGACCGAGGCGGAAAAAGAAUAUGAAAAGGUCCUCGAACAAAUGCGUGAAGCAGAUGGGCUCAAGCUGUAUUCGGACGUGUACACCAAGCUUUACGAUUCGUACUUCAAGCUCAAAGAGGAAAACUUUGAACAUCAGGAAAAAUUUAACAAGAUGAUGAGUAAAAUUAGCCGCUACGAUGAAACGAUAAGCGAAUAUUUAAGGGAGAUAUCUGACUACUGUAAAACUAUCGAAAAGCUCAGAGGAGAAAUUGAGGAAGCGCGAGCGUUAGCAGAUGCGAUGCACUCCCGAGAACUGGCGAGCGUGGAGAGCUUGGAAACCAUGAAGAAAACUGUCACACGUUUAGAAAAGGAGCUCGAUGCAAGGAAGCGAGCUGGCGAUGAUGAUGCGGGUGCAACAUCGGCGGUGAAAGAGAAGGAGAAAUUCGAGAAAGAGAAAGCCAGGCUGCAAGGUGAACUUGAGGGUGUCAAGCAUCGGUUGACCAAUGCUUUAAGCUUCAUCGAGGAACUUGAGCACAAGAAUACGGCUGCUGACGAGACUAUCGCUAAGUUGGAAGAACAAUUGGAGGAAGCAGAAAACAAUGCUGUGCGACAAAACAGGCUAGUGGAGCAUUUGAAGAGCGAGUCCGAUACGAUGAAGACUGAAGUCGAGAAUAGGGGGAACGUCAUUAAAAACCUUAAGGACAAACUCGCAAAAGCCGAGAAAGCCAUCGAGCGCCGUGACCGCCAACUUCACGACAUGGGACAUAAACUGGACCUAGCACAACAGGAGCGAGAUACAGCCUCGACUAAAGCCACCCAGUUGAGGGAGCAACUUGACAUCACCAACGCAGAACUCGACAAGACCAAGCAAAACCUUGUUAACACUAGCAAGGAAUUGAAGAACAUGAUUGACGACUCCAAUAGACUACGAAAUGAAAUAUCCAAGCUGACCAAACAAGGCAUUCAGCAGAUGAAGAAGUACCAGCUACUCGAGCAAACCAGGGCUGGUGUGCUUGCUGACCGAGAGAACCUGCGGCAGCAAGUGAGCGUCAUGGAGAGGGAAAUAAUGUUGUGCAACAAGCAAGCGGAGGCUGACAAGCGUGAGAUUGAGAACCUCAACAGAGAGAAGGACAUCAUGACCAAGAACAUGCAGAAGAUACAGAAUGAGGCAAUAGAAAACCUGCAGUUGAUAAACCGACAGGAGUCGAGGAGGAAGCAGCUAGAACAUGAGCUAGAGAUGAAUGCAGCUCAAAUCAAUAAACAGCGGCUUAUGAUACGGCAGUAUGAGAAGGAUAAAGACAGAAUGCUGGAAGAGACAAUCGCUCUGAAUGAGAAAGUAGAUGAAAUAUCAGAGGAAGUCCGCCUACGAACAGCAGAUAUAUUGGAUUUGAAGAAGGCACUCCGGGAAGAGUCUUUGAAGAGUCGCAAAUUUUCCGUCGCCCUCGAUGCCACCCGCGCUGAGAGGAAUAUGCUCCAUAAGAACUAUACCGAAGCGCUCGAUGAAAUACAGGAUCUGAAGCAGAAGCUAAAGAUGUUAGCAUAUCAAAUCGAGCAGCUAAAAGAGGAUAUAAGCGGCAAAGAGACCGGACUCAAAUUGUGUGAGAGCACACUUGCAAAAUGCAACAAGAAAAACGAACAAAAUCGCGCUGAAAUCCAAGCUGGAUUGUUGAAGCUCUCAGAAGCGAAGGCGGAAAUCACUGCCCUGAGGCAGGAAGAAGCUAGGCUCAAUAGGAUCAUACAGGAAGGAGACACCGCAAGAGCGAAAUUAAUGAAGGAGUUGGAAGGUCUCAUCAACGAGAGAGACGUUGUUGGAGCUCAGUUGGUGCGGAGGAACGACGAGAUCUCAUUGCUGUAUGAGAAGAUACGGAUUCUAGAAGUCACUUUACAUCGUGGUGAACGCCAGUAUGAACAACGGGUAGAAGAUAUCCGUUUAUUAAGACUGGAGAUACUUCGUCUGCGCAAAGAGAAGAAUUUGCUGUCAAAGGGCAUUGAGAACAUGACUGAUUUGAGAUUGGAGGUGUUCAACUUAGAGCGUGAACUAGGACGUGAAAGGUUGCGCGUGCGCGCGCUCGAGCAGGCUCUGGAGACGCCCCUCAACGUGCACCGCUGGAGGAAGCUGCAGGGGACCGAUCCUGAGAGCGUCACUCUCACGCAGAAGUUGCGCUUGACGCAAAAGAAAGUGCUUUCCCAGAGUGAAAUGCUGGUUUUGAAGGACCGCGAACUGAAAGAAACUAAAAACUUGUACAAUGCCGUCAAGGAUAUGUUGGCUCUACAGCCAAGCCCAGAGAUACAACAAACACUAAAUAGAACGCAGAGGGCUCUCACACAGAGAACGUCCAAAAUGAAAUGUCUCAUCGCAGAGCUAAGCAUGCGCGAGCGUCAAGUAACUGACCUACGCCUGGAACUCGAACGAGUGAACGCGGAGCUCGCGUCCUCUAAACAGAAAUACUUCGAGAUGAAACGCGCGCUCGACGCUGAGGAAGCCAGGCGUCUGCGUGUACCGACGCCAGUCACGCCAGAAAGCAAGUUAUAGGAGACUAAUUAGUAUAGAUGACACGUCGACCGCAUCGGACGAGCCGUAGAAAUGAUGAACAUACGUCAGCAGCAUACGUCGACAGCGUCUAUUUUCAACACGUGUGGUUCUUGUAAACACAAUGUUUGCUGACUUGUCAAUUUAGUUUAAUUAAAGAAUGUACUUAUACUACUAAAUAAUACGCAAGGUCGUGGACGUGGGGAGGCGUAUUGGGGAUGUUUCUCUUCCAUAAAUAAUGUAAUAUUCCAAUUAGCGAUGGGCGAUUUAUUCGAAUAACAAUCGAAUUAUUCGA